GCUGGGCGACUUCGAGGCACGCAUCGGGGGAGAUGGCACGGACAGACCGUCCCUCCAUGCGACCGGGGGAGCCUGGUAAGUGCCAAGAGACCAGCAUGACCACCACGAGCCCCCGUAACACCGUCUGCUCCUCCAAGUGCGUGGGGAGCACAGGAUGCAGACAAGAGUGCCAGCAAGUGAAUGAAGAUUUCCAACCACGGAUUGACCCCGACCCAAUGACCAACUGUGUGAACAAAUGCAGAGAUGACGGCAACUGCAGGGGCAGCAGGAAGUGCUGCCGCAUCAGGUGCCGGUUCCGCUGCCCGCAGCCAGUACCAGCCGGACCGGACACCUCCCCCAAGAAGAAGGCGCCGCACACCAUCGGCUGCCGCAACAGCACCUGCAGCGGUGACACCGAGUGCCCCAACCACCCGCCGUGCUGCCCACCCCUGCGCAGGAGCUCCAGGCUCAGCGUCUCUCUGUCUCUGCUGGGCUUGGGCUGCCGCUGGUGCUCUGACCCCAGGGAGCUGUGCCACCUGGCCCCGGAGCGCGGCCCGUGCAGGAGGCGCAUCUAUCGCUACGCCUACAUCCCUGCCUUGAGGUCGUGCCGCGUGUUUGUGUACAGCGGCUGCGGGGGGAAUGCCAACAACUUCCGUACGGCGGAGGAGUGCCGGCAGGUCUGCGAGUACGGUGUUGGGGCAGCGCUUUGCGACGAGGCGGCGGUUUGCGACUCGCUUUCCGGCAGCGCUCGCUACGCCUCGCUUUCCGGCAGAGUGGCGCCCUAG